UAGAAAAUAAACAUUUGUUUUAUGGCCAAACGAAUACUUAAGAUGGGACUACUAUAAUUGCCACCUCCACUUCUCUCCACCUUUGCAUCUCAACCUGAAAACAGCAUCUUUUGUCUCGUUUCUCCCCUUCUCUCUCUUCCUUCUCUCACACACACAACCAAAUCUUAUCCCUCUCACCCUUUGGUCCCCCUCCUUUUCUCUCCCACUAUAUAAACUAUCUUCCCCUUCCUUAUCUCCUUCAUUGCUUCAAAAUAUUUUUCCCUCUUCUCUCUCUUUCUUCUUUCCUAUAACCAAACAAGGACUUACAACUACCAAAAGCAAAUAUCUCUCUUUUGCCCUUCCCUCUUUUUUUUUUCCAAAGCUCAUUUUAUCUUUCUAGACUUUGUGCCUAGAGUAGUUACCCCACUAGCUAGCCCCCACCUAUUGUCCUAUUCUUGGAUUUUAUAAUUUUUGAGAAAUCUCUUCACAUCAGUUGUUAAGGCUUUUGUCUCAACAUGAAAAAAGAGUUGAAAACUGAGAAUAAUAAUAACAGUAAUAAGCGGACCCGAAUUGAGUCAGGAUUGGACGCAUUUGAUGACUCGCCUGAGCCCAAGCGAGUUAACUCAUCAGAGCUAGAGAAGACCGCUCCCGACUCGUCUGAGUUGAACCGAGUCAACUCAUCGGAUUCCGAUGACGUGCGAAAAGAUGUGUACCUGGAUUCGCCGGAGGCUAAGCAGAUAAGAGAAGAUAUAUUGGAUAUCUUAGAUGAGCCUGAUGCUCUGAACGAAUGUCCGCCGGAGAUUCAGGAUCUGGAUUCCGUCAUGAAGAGUUUUGAGGAAGAAAUCCUUCAUCACUCACCUCUUCACGACGAUUCUCAGACCGUUCUCGAUCUGAAUCCAUCGGAAUCCGGCGAAUCUCAAACGGACCUCGGUUACCUUCUCGAAGCUUCGGACGAUGAGCUCGGUCUACCUCCGACAAUAUCUCCGGUAAACGAUCACAACGUUAAUGCCGAAUCUGACGUCAUGCCUGAGGCAGCUGAAUUCGUUAACAUGGCGAGAUUUGAGGACGAUAUGCCUAAUUACGACACGUUCGAUUUUGGCAUGGAGCAUGACCUCAGGGAAGGAGAUAAUGACGGAGGUAAUAGCAACGGCGACUUUUUAACAGUCGGCGGGUUGUUUGAUUACCCGGAGCCGUCGGAUUUUUCUGAAUUUUCAUGGCGGCAGGAAUCCUUACCCGCUCUAUGAACUGAUGAAACUUUUUUGGUUAUGUGAAUGGUAGCGUUAGUUUGUACAUCUGAAAACCAGAAAGCAGCACAGCAUAAAAAUAGGAAAGCGAAAUUCAAUACUUUAGAAUCAAGUGUUUUCAGAUGGUAGAAUUUGGAAUUUUUACAUCAUCCUUAUAUAAUUUGCUCAUUUGAACUGUCUACCCAGCCAAGUGCCAAAAUACAGUAGAAUUACUCAAAACACAAUUAGCUUAAUUUUAGCCCAUUUAAUUAUUGAAGCAAAGAAAGUUGCUAGAACAAACAAAUUGUAUUUCUGUUUUCUGCCAUGCGCUAUUAUACAGUAUUGAAUAUAUUAUCAGUAUAAAUUCUGUUUUUAAUGCGAGGAAAACAAAGAAAGACGAUUUUCUCCUUUGUA